UCGUCCCGAAUGGCGAAGACCUCGACCGAAUCGAGAUGGAGACCGAAGCCGAAGCCGAGGCCGGGAAGGUCAAAGGUCAGGUGGGCGCGUCCGGACCCGUGCGGACAGCAGACGACGGCAUCAUGGCGGACCACAGGACGGACGCGAGGGAGGACUCCGAGAUGGCCGUCACUGUGGCCACCCCGGACCCCAAGAACGUCCAGGAGCUGACGCAAUACGUCACAGUGCUCCUGCAACAGAUGCAAGAAAGAUUCCAGACCAUGUCGGACCAAAUCAUUACGAGAAUAGAUGAGAUGGGGACGCGUAUUGACGACCUCGAGAGGAACAUUGCUGACCUCAUGACGCAAGCUGGCCCAGAGGAGCCGGACAAGUGAACCGACGCUGAGAUUUAGCAGGCAACAAUUUUCGGUUAAUGGAAGAGAGAGCAAGAGAGCCUCACUCUACUUUGCACUUGCCACAACAGAGUGGGGGUUUAGAUAGGCUUGUUUUUAGUAUGUACACAGAAAGUAUGAGGAAGUGGGGGAAAAAAAAAAAUGUAUUUAGAAUAGAAUGAAAUGAAAAAAGGAAGAAGAAAAAAGAUAUUAGUGGGAAUUUUUCUUGGACCAAUUAGUAUACGAUAGAGAUUUCAGAAGUAACAUUCUAUUUGAGAACACACAAUGAAAAGUCUGCAUGCAUAGUGUAAAAAUAAAACUUUGUUUACUCAGAUGGAUAGCAGUGUUACCAACAAAGUAUGAAUUGUAACAUUACGAUAGAAUUAUGAACUGUGACUUUGUACUAGAAUCAUGAAGUAUAACAUUAUAAUAAAGUGAAAUAGAUGUGCAAUAACACUGCCAUUACUAUUGUUUAUAAGGUAUAUAUAUGUGUAUAUAUAUAUCCAGGAGAUAGUUUCUUAUCAAAUGAUUUUAAUAUUUAUACAGCGUUGUAGACCAGGCAGAGAGGCAACCCAGUCGUGUAGAUGGAAACAGUGCAUUGUGGAAUCAGAAUAUUUUCUUUGAUUGUAAUUUUUCAGAUUGAGUGAGUGAGAAAAAUGGUUUUCCUAUGAUUAAUCCAUUGAUUCUGCUUUAUGUGUAAAAUUGUUUUGAUGUUAUAAAUGAAUAAAAUGAUUUUGAGAGUAGGCUUUGAUACAUGGUGUUAAAACAACUUGAGAUAUAUUAGUAGGCUUAAAUGUCUCAGGGUUGGUUGAUGUUGCUAGAUGUUGGCAAAAAUCAAGUGUUCUUUUGGUAUUUUCGACCAGCUAAUAACUGUUGGAUGAUUAGAUAACUUCAUGAUAGUAAAAUGACUGAUAAUGAGAUUAUUAAUAGUGCACAAUUAGACUUAUAAUUAAGGAGAGGAGAUGGUCUAAAAAAAGACAGGUAGGAUCAGCUAUACAUUCCCAGCUGUUUCUCUCAAUGACACGUCAUAGUUCAUGUUUUGUGAAUUAUUUGUGCCAGGGAUUCAUCACCUUUUGUAAAUGGUAACAUCAGGGUCGAAGAUGCAUUAAACCUAUUCUUCAUUACUUCAGUCAUUUAAUUGUGUUUGGGGAAGUUUGAUUUGCUAUUCUUGUGCAUCCUCUCUAUUGGAAAUUACAGAUGGUCUUUACUCUUAAUAUUUAGAUGAGUUCAAAAAAGGGAGAAGCAGAAACUGGAGUGUUCUUACUCUGGUCAGAAGAGCUCCAGUAAGAGAACUGUUCAUUCAGCAGUCAUUCUCUUAUGACUUGAAGGAAAGUUCUAAAAGCAUUUGUAAUUUUGUAGUUAUUUCAACAAAUAUAAUAUACCUUGGUAAUUGUCUUUUGAGGUAAACAGAUAUUGAUAAAAAAUGUUAAAUGUGUCAGCAAAGUUGUUGCUUAUUAUGAAAUAAUGUUGGAGUACACAGGUUGUACCUACAAAUACAUGGAAAGGAAGCUUGGCCAAAGAUAUUUUUGAAAUGCAUAUUAUAUUUGCAUUUUAUCAGCUCUUCUCUAUAGUGUGUGCACUCUCCUUUGCAGUAUGCCAAAGAGGAUAUCCAGACACUGACAGUUAUUACCUUCUUCAACUUCUGCCAAAUUCCCUGAACCUUGUUAUCCUCCGAGAGGAUGAAUUUCUUAACAGUUCAUCACUUAACCGACAGUCCAUGUUUAAGAUGUAGUUAUAUUGUGUAUUGAAUGUGCAUAUCAUGGUGAUACUGCAAAUUGUCCAUAUCAGCUGGAAUAAUCUGGGAAGCAUCUCUUUUUAGGCCUUGAAAGUGGACGAAAUAAAGACUGUUUGGGAGAAAAAGAUGGUCAAGUGAAAGGGUGUGUCAUGGGAAAGGUAGGAUUGUGAAAAGUGCUAUGGAAAAAAAAGGUAAUGGCUCAGAGGUCAUGGGACGGUUGCCUUUUUUUUUUUUCGUCCCAAGACAGAGAGUUGUAUCCAUCUUAUCAUGUUGAAUACUGUCAUCAUCUUGCAUGUGUCAUACAUGUGUAGGAAGGAAUAUGUUUUCUAUACAGGAUCGUGUAAAAGUAAGAGAUUUACAACUUUUCUUAUGCUUUUACCUUUCAGGAUAGCUUAGACUUUGACUAAUGAGGAAAUCUAGAGAGCCACAUAAUUUUUAUAUUGUGCUUUAUACUGUAUUCCAUAGCUGCACAUAAUACAUUGGUAAGGGAAUCAUCACUAGUAGGAUAGAUAGUGUUUUAGCACAAUAUGAAUUGCGAUUCUCAUCUCUUGUGUGUUUGGUUUUACAUCUGUAUUUUGUUUGCUUGUUGAACAGUGGAUAUACUACAAAAAGAUGUGUGAUUAUGUGUCUAACAUUAUAAUAUUUGGAAACUUUUUCAGAUGCAUUAAUGAUUCCCCUUUCUUUUUUGCUGUGACUGAUAAUAUCCCAUAGACAAAAUAUAUUAUUCUGUAUUUGUGUUGCAUAUUUCAAAUUGUAUAUGUAGUUUCUAUCACAGCAAUAUUAAAGUUUAUUGAUGGUUUCCACCAUCCCUAUACAAAAA